AUGUCACUCACGCAACCCAUCCACACCGAACGGCACAUCCGCAUCAUCUGCAUCGGCGCCGGCGCCUCGGGCCUUCUCUUCGCCUACAAGCUGCAGCGCAGCUUCAAGAACUUCUCUCUUGUCAUCUACGAGAAGAAUCCCGAGAUUGCGGGGACGUGGUUUGAGAAUCGGUAUCCGGGGUACGUUCACCUUGCUUUUCCUCCCCUCCCAUCAACCUUUGCGACCUACCCUACAUCUGUCUGGUUCGCAACUGAUGAGUCUAGCUGCGCCUGCGACGUCCCCUCCCACAACUACACCUGGUCCUUCGAACCGAAACCCGACUGGUCAGGAACAUACGCAAGCAGCGCGGAGAUCUUCUCGUACUUCGACGCCUUCGCGCGUAAAUAUGGGCUGCGGCAGUACUGCCAGGUGAAUCACCAGGUCGUACACGCGGCUUGGAGCGCCGACACGAAGCAACAUCCGCAUGGCGGAGGAUAUGACGUCCGAGUUCGGGAUCUCAAGAGUGGCCAAGAGUUUGUCGACACCUGCGAUAUCCUCAUCAACGCGGGCGGUAUCCUGAAUUCGUGGCGGUGGCCGGCCAUCCCGGGUAUUGAGAAAUAUAAAGGGACGCUGGUGCAUACAGCGAAUUGGGAUGAUGGGAUUGUGCUUGAGGGGAGGCAUGUUGGGUUGAUUGGGAAUGGCUCAUCGGGCAUCCAAGUCCUCCCCGCGAUCCUCCCCCAAGUCCGCAAAGUGACAACCUUUAUCCGCGAGCCAACCUGGGUCUCACCCGUAAAAGGCCUGGAACAGCACAUCUUCACCGAGCAGGAAAAGCGCGCCUUCGCCGAGGACUCAUCCCACCUAACCGAGUACCGUCGGGCCAUCGAGAGCGGGAUGAACGGGCAGUGGGCCAUCUUCCUACAGCACACGGAAGGGCAACGCUCCACACGCGAGUACAUGACGCAGCAGAUGAAAGACAAACUGCGCAACCCUGCGCUGGAAGAAGCCCUAAUCCCACAGUGGUCCGUCGGAUGUCGCCGAAUCACGCCGGGGGUCGGAUACCUCGAGGCGCUGGGCCAUGAAAAGACGCAAGUCGUCUACGGGAACAUCGACGCAAUCAGCGAAAGCGGAUGCGUCUGCGACGACGGGAACGAAUACCCCGUCGAUGUACUCAUCUGCGCAACGGGCUUCGACACCUCGUUCCGGCCGCGGUUCCCCAUCAUCGGGCCUAGUGGCAAUAAUCUACAGGAUGACUGGCAGCGCGAGCCGCAGUCGUAUCUCGGUAUCGCGGCGGCGGGGAUUCCGAAUUAUCUUACGUUCUUGGGCCCCAAUAGUCCCGUGGGCAAUGGGCCGGUUUUGUCUGCGGUUGAGGCGCAGGCGGAUUACAUGAUGAAGCUGAUUGACCGGUAUCAGGCGACGAAUGUGCGUGCGUUUGCGCCGCGCGCUGAAGCUGUUAGGGAGUUCAUCGAGUUCAAGGAUGAGCUUAUGAAGCGGACUGUGUGGGCGGAUGGUUGUCGGUCAUGGUACAAGGCUGAUGUGGACGGGCCCGUGACGGGGCUGUGGCCUGGAUCGACGCUGCAUUAUAUCGAGGCAAUGAGUGAGGUGCGGAUGGACGAUUGGGAGGUCGAGUAUAAAGGGAAUCGCUUUGCAUGGUUGGGCAAUGGGUAUAGCCAGACCGAGAUUGACGAGACGGCGGAUUGGGCCUACUACAUUCGGGACCAUGAUGACGGAGAGUAUCACAGUCGGAAUAAGAGGUUGAGGAUCUUGAACAAGUCGGGGACGAGAAAGCCAGAGGCUUCGGCUUUUACCGUGUUUCCCAGGAUUUAG